AUGGCAAAGUGGUUGGAUGAUGGCACCACCGUAUCUUCUCUGGAGCAUCGAUUUCGACCCAUCAAAGCUGCUGCUAAGAAUGCCACCGCCGAGAAAUUUGGUGAUGGUGUUACAGGUAAGGCUAUAUCCACUCGCUUCGAAAGAAUGCGCAAAGAACCCGCUUGGGAUCUCAACUCUCCACUCGGUACUAAUGAUUCCCUAGGUACGACCCCCAAGAAGGCUCGUGCUCCUCGCUCAGCCAAGAAAUCCACCAAGAAAGCCGCUGCAUCCAGCAACGAGGAGGGCGAUGAUGAUAGUGACAUGGAGAUUGCUACGCCAUCCAAGAAGGGCUCUCCAGUCAAGAAGGAAACAAUCAACAAAGUCAAGGGCGGCCGCGUCGAAAAGAAGCCGGCAACACCCAGCCGAGCUGCAAAGACUAACAUCAAGAGCUAUGUUGAUUCCGAUGACGAGGGCGACGACGAUCUGAUCAUCAAGGAUGAGGAUAUUGGUGCUUAUGAUUUUGGUCGCGCUGCGGAUGGUGAUGAGGAUAUGCUUGGUGGUGGUGGAUUUGGGGGUGGAAACGGUCAUAGUUAUGGUCACGGUCACGGUCUCGAUCUUCGUCUUGCUCAUGGAAACGGAGGUGAUGAAGUUGAGGAGGAUGAAGAUGUUUUCUACGACGAUGAGUCUUAG